AUGGAUGCUAUCUUAGAUUUCUCCAAGGAGCUUGACGUCUCCCUUUUUGAUCUGGUGGUCAAUGCCUUCUACUCAGGCUCCGGCGCCAAUCAAAAAGAGGCUCAAUUGGUCCUUAACCAGUUCCAGGAACAUCCCGAGUCUUGGAAGCGCUCAGACCAAAUCCUUUCGAGCUCUUCCAACGCCCAAUCGAAAUACAUUGCCUUGUCAUGUUUGAACAAGCUCAUUCAAUACCGGUGGAAAUCGAUUCCCGAAGAUGAAAGAGUAGGAAUUCGUAACUUCAUCGUAAAUAUGAUCAUCUCUCUUUGCGAUGAUGAGCUGGUAUUUGAGUCCCAAAGGGCCCUUAUUAACAAGAUUGACUUGACAUUAGUUCUGGUGUUGAAACAAGAAUGGCCCCAUAACUGGCCCCAAUUUAUCCCGGAGAUCGUCAAGAGCUCCACCUCGAGUUUUAAUGUGUGUGAAAAUAAUAUGAUCAUUCUCAAGUUGUUGAGUGAAGAAGUUUUUGAUUUCAGUCAAGACCAACUCACGCAGGCGAAAGCCAAGUCGUUGAAACUUAGUAUGAGAGAUGAGUUUGAAGAAAUCUUCAAGCUUUGCUAUGAAGUUUUGGAUAAAACUUCGAAGCCAUCGUUGAUCAUUGCUACUCUUAAAGCUUUACUCAAGUACAUUCCUUGGAUUCCAAUGAAUUACAUUUUUCAGACUGAUUUGUUAAAACUUUUAACUACUAGAUAUUUGGUUCCUGCUGACACUAGAACAGUCGCUAUACAGUGUCUUACCGAAGUUUUCAGUUUGCAUUCUCCUGAAAAUGAAGAAAAAUUUAUCAUCGCUUUUAAGGAAGCUAUGGAACAGAUAUAUGCAAUUGUGCCUCCUGAUACCAACCUAAAACAAUCUUACAAGAAUGCCAAUACCAACGAUCAAUCGUUUUUACAAGAUUUGGCGAUGUUUCUUUGCACAUUCCUCGGCAACCACUUACUACCCUUAGAAAGUAACGAGUCUUUGAGAGAUUUGCUAAUGAACUCUCUAUUUUACCUAAUUGAAUUGUCAAGGAUUGAAGAAAGAGAAUUAUUCAAGACGUGUUUGGAUUAUUGGAGCUCGUUUGUUCAGUCAUUAUUCGAGGAAAUUCAGGAUUUGCCUCAAAAUAGACUCAGUCCAUUGAUGCAACUACAAUAUCAAGGCAGUUUCCGCAGAGGUGCAGGCGGAGCUUUAGAUCCGUCUGUUUUGGCUCAGAUUCCUUUGAGACAACAUAUCUAUGCUAACAUUUUGUCAAAAUUACGAUUGGUGAUUAUUGAAAACAUGGCCAGACCUGAAGAGGUGUUGGUUGUUACAAAUGAUGAAGGAGAAGUUGUGAGGGAAUUUGUUAAAGAAAGUGACACCAUUCAAUUAUACAAGUCUAUGAGAGAAGUUUUAGUUUACUUGACUCAUUUGAACGUAUUAGAUACCCAGACAAUCAUGAGUGACAAACUCGCAAGGCAGAUAGAUGAGCUGGAGUGGUCAUGGGAAAACAUCAACACUUUGUGUUGGGCUAUAGGUUCCAUUUCAGGAACUAUGAACGAGGACAUGGAGAAGCAAUUCCUUGUCAAUGUAAUCAAGGACUUACUCUCUCUUACAGAAAUGAAGCGUGGUAAAGAUAACAAAGCAGUGGUUGCCUCCAACAUCAUGUAUAUUGUGGGACAAUAUCCUCGGUUUUUGAAGGCUCACUGGAAGUUCCUCAAGACGGUCGUGAACAAGUUGUUCGAGUUCAUGCACGAAACACACGAAGGAGUGCAAGACAUGGCAUGUGACACAUUCAUCAAGAUCACUACUAAAUGUAAGAAGCAUUUCGUAGUGGUUCAGCCGCAAGAAACAGAGCCUUUCAUCAAUGAAAUCAUAACUAACAUUCAACUGAUCACAGAAGACUUGAAUCCUCAACAAGUCCACACCUUUUACGAAGCUUGUGGUAUCAUUGUCAGCGCCCAAACACAAAAGGAGGCUCGUAACAAACUUCUCGGUGAAUUGAUGGCAUUGCCCAACAUGGCUUGGAAUACGAUCGUCCAAGAUGCUGGGCAUGAUCCUCAACUCUUGACGAACAAUGAACGAGUAAAGAUCAUUGCAAACAUCAUUAAGACAAACGUGUCGGUUUGUAAGGCAUUAGGACCUGGAUUUUACUCUCAAUUAGGCUUGAUGUACGUGGACAUGUUGUCAUUGUACAAAGCCGUGAGCACCAUGGUGUCUGACUCUGUGGCUAAAGAUGGAAUAAUAGCAACCAAAACGCCGAAGGUGAGAGGUUUAAGAACUAUCAAGAAGGAAAUUCUUAAAAUGAUUGAAACUUACAUUAACCAAGCCGAUAACUUGGAAGAGAUAGUGAGAGAUUUGGCACAGCCAUUAUUUGGCGCCGUUCUUGAAGACUACAAUUCCAAUGUUCCUGAUGCUCGUGAUGCCGAGGUAUUGAACUGUAUGACUGCCUUGGUAUCCAAGGUUGGCCAUAUGAUUCCUGAAGGAGUUGUGCUUAUUUUGCAAAACGUUUUUGAGUGUACACUCGAUAUGAUCAAGACCAACUUCAUCGACUAUCCUGAGCAUCGGGUGGAGUUUAUCAAGUUGCUUCGCGAAAUCAACGCCAAGUCAUUCCAGGCGUUGUUACAGCUUUCUGGAGAUGCAUUCCAAUCACUUAUCAAUGCCGCAUUAUGGGCGAUCAAACAUAAUAGCCGUGAGGUGGAAGACAACGGUUUGACCCUCACCCUCGAACUUAUUGAAAACGUGGAGAAAUUGGGAGAUACUGCGUUCACUAAAGCUUUUUAUGAGAACUUUUACUUUCAAAUCUUAUCUGAUACCUUUUAUGUUAUCACGCAACCAGAUCAUAAAGCUGGCUUCAGAAUCCAAUCACAGUUGUUGGCGCAAUUGGUGCACCUUGUCGAAGACAAUGUGAUCAAGUAUCCGUUGUACUCGCCUGACCAAGCAGCAGAAGGAACAGCUAAUUCAGACUUUUUGAAACAAUACCUCGCCCAAUUACUUUCGUCGGCAUUCGAUAAUUUGAAGCAAGAACAAUUAGUCACUUUCUUGAAUGUGUUGACUUCGUCUUAUAAGGACUUGAACAAAUUCAAGGGAACUUUGCGGGAUUUCUUGAUCCAAAUCAAAGAGGUUGGUGGAGAUCCUACCGAUUACUUGUUCGCUGAGGACAAGGAGCUCGAGAAGAAGGAGCAAAUUAGAAUACAGAGAGAGAAAGACUUACAAGUUGGUGGACUUGUCAAGCCGUCAGAGAUGGACGACGAUAUUUAG